UACAAGCAAACUGUCGUUACAAAUACUUCAUCUCUCUCUAGAUAUCUCCUUUGCUAAUUCUUUCGUUUAUAUUCACUUCAAGGUGGGAGUGUUUUUUAUUUUUUAACUUCUAGCUUUCGCAUCUAAUCAAUCAAACCAGAAGAACAAAAAAUGAAGCUGCUAUCAAGGAAAGCUACGCGCAACUCUCACGGCCAAGACUCCUCGUACUUCCUGGGAUGGCAGGAGUACGAGAAGAACCCAUACCAUGAAACUCAUAAUCCAAACGGAAUCAUUCAGAUGGGCCUCGCAGAAAAUCAGCUCUCUUUCGAUCUUCUAGAAUCGUGGCUCGCAAACAACCCCGAUGCAGCCGGGUUCAAGAGAGACGGACAAUCCAUUUUCAGAGAGCUGGCUCUCUUUCAAGAUUAUCAUGGCCUUCCUGCUUUCAAGAAGGCAUUGGUAGAGUUCAUGUCAGAAAUUAGAGGCAACCAAGUAACCUUUGAUCCAAAGAAGCUAGUUCUCACAGCUGGUGCUACUUCCUCUAAUGAGACCCUUAUGUUUUGCCUUGCCGAACCCGGCGAAGCUUUCCUCCUCCCCACGCCAUACUAUCCUGGAUUUGAUAGAGAUCUCAAGUGGAGAACUGAAGUCGAGAUCGUACCAAUAGAGUGUACGAGCGCAAAUGACUUCCGAAUUACUGAAUCAGCACUCGAAGAAGCUUAUGAAGCUGCCCACAAACGUAACCUUAAAGUUAAGGGCGUGUUAGUCACGAACCCCUCCAAUCCACUCGGCACGACACUGACCCGACACGAGGUCGACCUUUUGCUCGGUUUCGUCAUCGCAAAGUCGAUCCAUCUCAUCAGCGAUGAAAUAUAUUCUGGUACCGUUUUUAGCUCUCCGCGCUUCAUCAGCGUCAUGGAGGUUCUCAAGGACACCAAGUACCGCAUGAACGCCGAAGUCUGGAACAGAGUUCACAUUGUGUAUAGCCUUUCUAAAGACCUGGGUCUUCCUGGUUUUCGAGUUGGUGCGAUUUAUUCCAACGAUGAGGAUGUGGUGGCGGCCGCAACAAAGAUGUCGAGUUUUGGUUUAGUUUCUUCACAAACUCAGUAUCUUCUCUCGGCAAUGCUUUCGGACAAGAAGUUCACCAGCAACUACAUUUCCGAGAAUCAAAAGAGGCUCAAGGAGAGACAAGAAAUGCUAAUUUUAGGCCUUGGAAGCGCCGGAAUUAGCUGCCUGAAUAGCAACUCCGGGUUGUUCUGUUGGGUCGAUAUGAGACACCUUUUGAGGUCCAAAACAUUCGAAGCAGAAAUGGAGCUUUGGAAGAAGAUUGUUUACGAUGUCGGCUUGAAUAUCUCUCCCGGUUUGUCGUGUCACUGCAACGAACCGGGUUGGUUUCGCGUUUGCUUCGCCAACAUGUCAGCCGAAACGUUGAAUCUCGCAAUAGAACGAAUCAAAAGGUUCGUUCAGUUGAUCGAAAUCAACAACAAUAGUAAGAAGAAUCACCAAUCAACCAAGAACUCAAGGAGAAGAUCACUCACUAAGUGGGUUUUUCGAUUAUCGUUCGAUGGGCGCGAGUCUGAUGAACGAUAAUUGCCUGUAAUUAAUUAAUUAAUUUACCAGAAGAGAGUCGAUACGAAGAGUCAUGAGCAAAACAGUUAUUCCUUUAA